UUAUAUUUGUAUUAUUUGCAUUGCAAGGGGAAGUAUUGGAACUCGUGGUUAUGCAAUAUACUGGAAUUGGGAAAGACAGACAAUUUUAUAGUUUAAGCUGAGUGAUGUGAAAUCUACAUGUCUUUACGCAGCUAACGUUAACUAGCUAGAAAACAUGAACCCAACAAGUAAAGAUGUGAAAGGCAUCAUGGACAAGUCAUCAUACCGUUUGCUGCAGCUUCUGUCCUUGGCAUUGCUGGCCUGUAGGCCCACCUGUAGUUCUAUCACCACCUAUGGAACAAUAAUCCCACAAUCUCCAUCGGUGGAAAUUGGGAAGGAAUUCACCGCCACAUGUGUGCUCUACAAAUCUGCUAAAGCCACAGCGGAGGACAUCUACUGGAAGUUGAAAAACGUCACAGUGCCCAAAGAGCAGUACACCAAGAUAAAUGACUCGGCUGUUAGCGUGACCAUCACCAUCACCAAUGAAACGGCCAACUGGUUACUUUGUGAGACGAAAGGGUCUCCCUUAAACCGAAAUCAAGUAAUCCAUGGGAUUCUAUUGACCAAAGGGUAUCCCCCUGAGAAGCCUGUGAACCUGUCCUGCAUGGCUGUCCAGUCUGGCCGAAAGAUUUCGUCCAACGUCACGUGCACAUGGCAGCCUGGGACAAGAGACGAGAUUCUGAAAACCACUUAUACCUUGUUUGGCAGUCUAAUUGUCUCAAAUAAGAGCAGCAAAGCUCACAGAAGCAGUGGAUACAUCGACUUCGGCACCUUUCCAAGCUUCAUGCAACUUGCUAUGUGGGUAGAAGUUGAAAACAAGCUGGGGAAGGUUCGAUCUGACAUUCUGGAUAUAUAUGCUGCUGAUUUGGUGAAAACGAAUCCCCCAUCAGAUGUCAAUAUUCUUUCCGAGAAUAACUUUUCCAGGACUCUCUUAGUGAGUUGGAAGCACCCUAUCCAUGUAACCUAUGUAACGCUGAAAUACAACAUCAGGUUCUGCACUGUGGGCUCUGGAGACUGGACUGAGGUACCGCCAAAUGACACUGAAAGCUACAAGGAGUCUUUCCGUCUUCAGUACCUCAAGCCGGACAGGGAGUAUGUAGUGCAGGUGCGAUGCAUUCAUCAUAGGGGCUAUGGCUAUUGGAGUGACUGGAGCGCUAACUCUACCGCCAGGACCCCAGAGGACAAGCCUACAAGUAAACCAGACCUAUGGAGAGUCGUCAUUCCCAGCCAAGUCCAAAGUGAGCGGAGAGUGCAAGUGAUGUGUAAGGAUCCAGUGGAGUCCAAUGGAAGGAUACGGGGCUACAGCAUCAAGAUCCAAGAUGGAAACUGGGAGACGGUGGCGGUCAAUGACUCUGACCUGGAUUCCAGGUCGCAAGAGAGGAAAAUGAUCCCCCUUUACCAGAUUCCCUUGUCUGACAAGAGAAGAGGCCUCAUUGAAUUGAAGGCCUGGAAUUCUGUUGGCGAGUCUCCCCAAGCGUCUUUAGUCAUCCCAAAAUUGACACAAGAGCCCCCUUCGGUGGAAUGGCUCAGCUGGUUUACCCAGCAGGGGAGGCUAUGGGUGAAAUGGCAGCCCCCCAAUGUGACGGCCACAGGGGAGCCCUACAGGUCCGAGGUGACGGAGUACAUACUGGAGUGGGUGUCUGUCAGUGAUGGCGCUAUGGACUGGCAGAGAGAACGUAGGCAUACUAGGAUGGCAGCCAUUAAAGGUAACCUUCAGAAGUUCAAUCGCUACAAUAUAUCUGUGUAUCCCAUGUACUCUGGGUGGACUGGGAAGCCAUUGACCAUAGCAGCCUUUCUGGAACAAGGAGCUCCGCUGGAGGGUCCCUCUGUGAAAGUGAGGCGGACGGGGAAAAACGACGCUGAGCUGGAGUGGAUGGAGAUUCCACUGGACAAACAGCGAGGGUUCAUCACCAACUACACCAUCUUCUUCAUCACAGGUGGCAAGGAACACUCAAUAGUUGUCUCUUCCGACACCUACUCUUACACUGUGAAGCGCAUGGCCAGCAACAGCAAGUAUGUGGUGCGAGUCAUGGCAUCUACAGUACAAGGCUCUACAAACAGCUCGGACCUGUCAUUCAAUACUCUGAUGUAUGCUCCCGGGCAGAUAGAAGCCAUUGUGGUGUCUGUGUGCAUCAGCUUCCUGUUUUCCGUAGUGCUGACCAUGCUCUGCUGCAUUUACAAAAUGGACUCGAUAAAGAAGAAGAUCUGGCCACCGGUACCUGACCCCUCCAACAGCACUAUCGCUAAAUGGUCUCCUGAUUUCACAUCCAAAGCUGACACUCCUAAGGAGAGCACGCUGGGUGACGUGAGUAUUGUAGAGGUGGACGUGUUCGACAGGAAGUCUCUGUGUGAGGAGGACAAGGCAGGCCUGCCGCUCAAAAAGGACAAAUACCUGUCAGAGGAGCAUAGCAGCGGCAUCGGCGGCUCCUCUUGCCUGUCAUCGCCUCACCAGAGCGUCUCAGACAGCGACGAGGGCGGCGACGAGGGCCAGACUACAGCCAGCACCGUCCAGUACUCGUCGGUGGUGGCAUCCUGCGGCUACAAGGGCCAGACCCCCUGCCCUCUCCCCCAGUCCGGCUUGUCCCAGACGCCCAGCUUCACCCGCUCCGAGUCCACCCAACCCCUGCUGGACAGCGAGGAGCACCCGGAGGGCCCCGAGUCACAGCGCUACCUGCGGAACCCCUACUUCGGGCGCUUGCCUGGGGGGAACAAUGGCGACAGCGGAGACCUGGAGGACUUGAACCAGAUGGAGAUGAAGAAGCAGGGGUUGGCUUUGCGCCGGUUCUGCCCCCUGGAGGAGGACUUUCAGCAGACCACACCCACAGAGGAGGGUCAGUCACCUGACGGACAGCCAGGCCCUGACCCUAGCUACAUGCCUCAGCUCAGCGGCUACAGGCCUCAGUGUUAGGAGGACGUAUGGUGACUUAGUUCGAGGUUGUCACACUUCAUGUACAGUAACUCUUCCUCUGCGCCUUUGUUCAUUUCACUUUUGUUCCAAACUUUGUCAGCCUAUUAUUUUUGCACAUACCCAAAUGGCAAUCAUGAACUUCAUGUGGGCAUCUUGACGUGACUUGUUAAAUCUCUUUUAAGUGGAUGAUAUAGUUUGCCUUUAUGUCGAGGUUUUAUUGUUUUAAGAUCCUAGAAAGGAAAUAGAUGCCUACGUGCAGACCCGUUUAUUUUCAGUUAAUUACUGACCUAGGUAGUUGGCGUCACCCAUUGACCUCUUAAGAAAAUUCCAUAGCCUAGAUGUGGACCCCUAUUCUCUAUAAGCCGGCCAAGUUGAACUUUGAAUGGACAAAGUGUGAUGACUCAUCAUUCCAAGAAAGAAGACUUGAAGGAAGCGAAAAGGUGAUGCUAGCCAAUACAACUUGACCCUCUUGAAAUUCAGAAAGUAUUCAUACCCCUUGACUUGUUCCACAUUUUGUUGCAUCCUAAAUUCUAAAAGGAUUCAAUAUAAACAUUCUCACCAAUCUACACAAUACCCAUAAUGAUAAGGUGAAAACAUGUUUUUUGACAUUUUAGCAAAUUUAUUGAAAAUGAAAAAGCGAUAUGAUUUACAUAGGUAUUCACACCCCUGACUCAAUACAUGUUAGAAUCAUCUUUGACAGCUGUGAGUCUUUCUGGGUAAGUCUCCAAGAGCUAUGCGCAGCUGGAUUGUACAAGUUAGUUGUUGUCGUUGCUCGACAGCCAUUUUCAAGUCUUGCCAUAGAUUUUCAAGCUAAUUUAAGUCAAAACUGUAACUAGGCUACACAGGAACAUACAAUGUCCUCUUGGUAAGCAAGGUAUUUGUAUCCUGUACAGGCUUAGUUCUUUUCACUCUGUCAUUUAGGUUAGUUUUGUGGAGUAACUACAAUGUUGUUGAUUCAUCCUCAGUCUUCUCCUAUCACAGCCAUUAAACUCUGGUAGAAAGGACGCCUUUAACUUUGUAGUGACUGGGUGUAUAGAUCCACCAUCCAAAGUGUAAUUAAUAACUUUGCUCAAAAGGAUAUUCAAUGUCUGCUUCUUUUUUUUACCCAUCUACCAAUAGGUGCCCUUCUUUGUGAGGCACUGGAAAACCUCCUUGCUCAACUGAGGGACCUUACAAGUAAUUGUAUGUGUGGGGUACAGAGCCGAGGUCAUCAUUCAAAAAUCAUGUUAAAUACUUAUUGCACACAGUGCGUGCAUGCAUCUUGUGACUUGUUCAGCAAAGUUUUACUCCUGAACUUUAGGUUUGCCAUAAAAGGGGUUGAAUAAUUGGCUCAACAUUUCAGCUUUUCAUUUUUUAUUCAUUUGUAAAAAAUGUCCAAAAAAAACAUUGUUCCUCUUUGAAAUUAUGGGCUAUUGUCUGUAGGCCAGUGAAAUACGAUCUCAAUUUAAUACAUUUUAAAUUCAGACUGUAACACAAAAUAUGGAAAAAGUCGAGGGGUGUGAAUUCUUUGAAGGCAUUGUAUGCUACACUAGUAGGUGUAUGGUUAAUGACAUAUCUUUCCAGAUAGAAAAAACUGUUUGACAAAUGUACAUUUUGCCUUUUCACAAUGCCUUAUUGACUUUGCGUCAUGAAUGGAAUGAAGAAAUGCUAUGCAAUUUCCCUGCCCAUCAAAACUUCUUGUUCGAGGUCAAAUAUAGAGAUAUUACUGUUGCAUUAUUAUUAUAUACUGAAAAGGAAGUUUUUGUAUAAUUUGUUUCUGGGAAAUGUUUUUCAUAUUCAUUUUUGUGUUGUCAUGAAUUUUCUGAAGACUGAAAAGUGUAGUAUGUUUUGUUAAUUUGUUUGAGAUUCUUUUGUUUGGAACAUACGUACAGAUCUCAACAGGACAAACUCCAAUAUUUGUUCCUACAGAGAAUAUGCUCAGAAAGGGAUGUUGCAUGUACAGACCGUUUAAAUAUUGCUACAUUGAGGGUUAUAAAAAAUAUUCUUCCACCAUCACUCAGUUAACACUACUUUUCCACAUAUACGGGAAACAAACACAGCCUAGUACUUCACUGCAUGCCACCAGAAUACAUGUGCCCUUUUUGGAGCAUGGUUUGUGAAUGUGUGACAUUAUACAAUAUGAAAUAAACCAAAAGUGUUAUC